AGUGCCUUCUAAUCACUAGUUAGCUUUCAGAGCUACUGCAAGUCAAUGAUAGCAUCAACAUAAUGCUCAACGACAGUGAGCUGGCAACGUUGCGGAACAGGUUUAAGAGAGAUGCGGAGUUUCUUAUGCAAACAACGGCAUCGGGUGACGAAGAUGAAAAGAGUCAGGAGGAAAAAGAUGCCAAACCUCUCCCUCGCAUUAACAGGCACUCCGUUUUCUGGAUCUUGGCAUCUAUAGGCGUGACCUACUACGUGGAUUUCCUCCGCAACAUCAUGGAGAAUGAUGAUAUCAAAAGUUGGUGGUUCAAUGUGGGUCUGGUACUCCUUGUGAUCUGCCUGUCUCUGGCCAUGUUUUGCAUUCUGUACCUGGAGUGGUUCAAAGGCAUUCAGCACUAUGACCAAGAGUACCCUGCCAUUCCUCCCCUCACCACUGCAGCUUUUAUUGCUGCAUCAUGCAGCUUUAACAUUGCACUGUGGCCAGUGUGGUCCUUCUUCACUCCGCUCAUCCUCUUCACACAGUUCAUGGGUGUGGUCAUGUUCAUCUCUUUGCUUGGAUGAAUGUGACAG